ACGGCGUGGUGGCGACAGCCAAUGGGAGGGCGCGAUAUUGAGGCUGUCAGGAGUGACGCCGGCGGGAUGGCCUCCGGCUUUAAGAAGCCAACGCUGGGAGCCCCGUCCCAGAGGAGGAAGACGAGUCCCAGGCUGGAGCUGCCGGAGGAGCAGCAACGGGAGAUCCGCGAUGCCUUCGAGCUCUUCGACACCGACGGCAGCGGUAGCAUCGAUGUCAAGGAGCUGAAGGUGGCUAUGAGGGCCCUGGGGUUUGAACCUAAGAAAGAAGAGAUCAAGAAAAUGAUCUCAGACAUUGAUAAAGAAGGGACAGGAAAAAUCAGCUUUGAUGACUUCCUGGCAGUGAUGACACAGAAAAUGGCUGAAAAGGAUUCCAAAGAGGAGAUUCUCAAAGCUUUCAGACUCUUUGAUGAUGAUGAAACUGGAAAAAUCUCGUUCAAAAACCUCAAACGUGUGGCCAAAGAACUGGGGGAGAACCUCACAGAUGAAGAGCUGCAGGAGAUGAUUGACGAGGCGGAUCGGGAUGGGGAUGGGGAAGUGAACGAGCAGGAAUUCCUGAGGAUCAUGAAGAAGACCAGCCUUUACUGAAGCCCAGUGGGAUUCAUCCCUUGGCACUUGUUUAUAUUCCUUAGGAGGGUGCCUCACUUUUGUACAGUAUUGACUUCUGUGGAGGCAGCA